GAUAGUUUAACACACUUAGCUACUACUGCUAGUAUUGUCAUGGAGACAGCGGGAUGGCCGGAAAGUGAACCAUUAUGACGGGAAAGUGAACCAUUAUGACGGGAAAGUGAACCAUUUAGGCAGGAAAGUGAACCAUUAUGGCGGGAAAGUGAACCAUUUUGGCGGGAAAGUGAACUUUUAUGGCGGGAAAGUGAACCAUUUUUGGCGGGAAAGUGAAUAAUUUUGACGGGAAAAUGAACCAUUAUGGCGGGAAAGUGAACCAUUAUGGCGGGAAAGUGAACCAUUAUGGCGGGAAAGUGAACCAUUUUGGCGGGAAAGUGAACCAUUAUGGCGGGAAAGUGAACCAUUUUGGCGGGAAAGUGAACCAUUUAGGCAGGAAAGUGAACCAUUAUGGCGGGAAAGUGAACCAUUUUGGCGGGAAAGUGAACUUUUAUGGCGGGAAAGUGAACCAUUUUUGGCGGGAAAGUGAAUAAUUUUGACGGGUAAAUGAACCAUUAUGGCGGGAAAGUGAACCAUUAUGCGGGAAAGUGAACCAUUUUGGCGGGAAAGUGAACAAUUUUGGCGGGAAAGUGAACCAUUUUGGCGGGAAAGCGAACUUUUAUGGCGGGAAAGUGAACCAUUUUGGCGGGAAAGUGAACCAUUUAGGCAGGAAAGUGAACCAUUUAGGCAGGAAAGUGAGCCAUUAUGGAGGGGAAGUGAACCAUUUUGGGUGAAAGUGAACCAUUUACACAGGAAAGUGAACCAUUACGACGGGAAAGUGAGCCAUUUAGGCAGGAAAGUGAACCAUUAUGGCGGGAUAGUGAACCAUUAAGGAGGGAAAGUGAACCACUUAGGCAGGAAAGUGAACCAUUAUGGUGGGACAGUGAACCACUAUGGUGGGAAGUGAACCUUUGUGAUGGGAAGUGAACCAUUAUGGCGGGAAAGUGAACCAUGUAGGAAGAUAAGUGGACUAUUAUAGCGGGAUAGUGAACCAUUAUGGUGGGUAAGUGAACCAAUUAUGGCGGGAAAGUGAACCAUUUUGGCGGGAAAGUGAACCAAUUAUGGCGGGAAAGUGAACCAUUUUGGCGGGAAAGUGAACCAAUUAUGGCGGGAAAGUGAACCAUUUUGGCGGAAAAAAGAAAAGCGAAUAAAUUUGCCACGAAAGCGAACCAUUUUGUUGUUGUCGUUGUUGCAACAUAACGUGAACUGCUGAAGUGUUGCAACAUAACGUGAACUGAAGUGUUGCAACAUAACGUGAACUGCUGAAGUGUUGCAACAUAACGUGAACUGCUCAAGUGUUGCAACAUAACGUGAACUGCUGAAGUGUUGCAACAUAACGUGAACUGCUGAAGUGUUGCAACAAGAGAGAACUAAUAUUGUUGCAGUCAUCAGGUGGUGUUGUAGUCUGGGGAGGCACUGUAGCUGUAGUGGUAAACACUGUCGAGGGGGCAGUAAUAGCCUAAUGAGCCUAGCAGAGCCUAGUUACCUUAGAUUUAGAUAGACAUUGCUGGUGUACGUUCCAAAGUUAUGUGAAAAACCUGUUACUGAUUCACUAGGCUAUCAUUCUUGUAUAUAUACCAGACAUCUAUCAAGAAUAUUCACAUACACUCAAAAAUAUAUAUUUAAGUAGAUUUAUACCUUGGAUAUAUAUAUUCUGAGUCGCCUUGGAGGGAAUUGUGGUUAUAAUGCAGUUUUACGUUAUUUAAUCUGUGUGACCACUUCAAGUACGUGUCAUAAACACUGAGAAACGAGGAAAAUAUCAAUCUAACAAGGACGGCAAUUAAGACUGGGGGAAGGUUUGUAUAUAUGAGCGUCAGUCAGAGACCUUCAAGUGUUGUGGAAGGUUUAUGAGAGUGAAAUAUAAAGGAACGUUCCAUUCUGGUUUAUUUUCCGACCAUAUCAGAUUAACAUUUCCAGGAAUAUGCUGAACAUAUAGACUAUGCAGUGUUAUAGUUACUCGUCUGGUAGUUUCAUUGAACCACAGAAUGGUUCACAGUCACCAUGGUGCUAAGUUUUUGUUAGGACAACGUUUGGCUUUGUAUAGAGCUUUAUGAAGGUUUUAUCAUGACUUUACACACUACAAUAUGGUUGUGUUGUGCAACGUAUCUCUCCCAUUAUCGUAUGUACAACAUUGUGAUUCAAGAAUGUUUACAGAAGCCUACAAGAGUGCGUCCAUUUGUUAACAUAAAUUGUGCUGCACACACACACAUACCAUCCAGACAACACCAGUAACAAUAAUCAGAAAUUCUUCAUAGAUUUCGGGUAAAGUAUCGUUCUUCAGAAAUAAGACGAUGGUUGUAUUUUUAAGAGAAAUUUAGAAUGUGUGUGACUGGAACAAACGUGAUUUGAGAUAUUUUACUUAUUCCCAUGAUGAUAGAUUUCAUUGUUGACAUUACAUUUUCCACAUGUGGCGACACAACACGUUGUCAGGUUGACGGUAGUUCAUGUGUCUUAGGCUCAGAUCUUUCCAAAACUAAAACUGCACAUAAAUGUGAUAAUUCGGGUGACCUGGGCCAGACUCUUUAGUCGUGACAAUUCAGUGCUUAGACUUAUGUCAUUGUAUCCUUGGUGUUGUUACUGAGAACAGAACAAAUUACAUCGACAGUUUUUUUUCCAUGUUGCAUCGUAAGCCUAGCAAACUCCAACAUACACACAGGUCAUGUUGAGACUGAAGUUACGUAUGUUCACAAAGCCUCAUAUAUUAUACAAACAGUACCAUUGUGCAGGUAUGAAUGAGCUGGUGAACAGCUCUUCUUGGAUCAAACCUUGAAUAACUCCUAUUCCUCCUGGACGCUGGAAAGAUGUUAUUGUGCAGGCGCCUGGAUACUGGAAGGAUUUUAUUGUGCAGGCGCCUGGAUAUCAUGGCGUGUGUAGCGUUGCUGCAUCUUGGGAGCUGCACCGUCAGGCGUAUAUCUCAUUACAACAAUAAUAAUGUCAGCUUGAGAGAAAUGAGGUAAUUAACACCUAACCUAACUCCCAUGACAUCUUGAUCUCAACAGACUUGCGUGGAUGGUAGUGUGAAAGACGGUGAUCCUAGUGGUGAUUUUAUGUAAUUCUUGAUAUAAGCUGCUCGUAAACAUCAACAAUACUCAUACUCCUCUACAUUAUCCACCAUCACUCGUAGUACCAGGUUCUCACAUCGCCAGUGUGAAGGAAUAAUAACUUUGGGAAAUUAAGAUAACAAUGAAGCUGUGUCAUUGGGUCGACUCCACCCUCGGUCAGUAAACUCGACUCCACAUUUAAAAGAUGGUAAACUAGCCGAGAGUUACCCCAUCACUCAGGUGUAAAUAUUACUGUAGUGUGCCAUGACUCUUAAGACACGUAAUGCGGUGUACAGUAUUUUAUUUUAAGACAUUUUAUCCAUCAGGGACUUUGGUAAUUCUAGUGAGUACUGAUAAAAGUCGUCAGCGGACAAAACCUCUCAAUAAGACACCCUAAACUGCAUAUUGUGUCUUAUUAACAUAUCGGUAUAUAAUACUGUUGAUGUGGUAAAAGACACUUAUGUACAGUUCAGGACAUUUAUUACAGGAAAUGUUUCUCCACUAGUGACUUCUGUCUGAAGAAGUCACUCGUGGAGAAACAUUUCCUCCAAUAAAUGUCCUGCACUGUACAUAAGUGUCUUGUUCCACAUUUUUCAACACUGUUGAUAUACACACCAUUGUUCAGUAGGUAAGCCUGAAACUGAAAAAUCUGGGCGGUAAACAGGUACUCUGGGUUUUGCGGCAGGGAAAUCUAGCGUAAGUUAGGACAGUGUACAAUAUGCCUUCCAUUACAGAGCAACAAGUGUCAGUGUCGAUCCGUGGAUUCCUUCUCACAAGAACCUAUGGUUGUAUGACAAGUCUGACAAGACAGCUCGAGUGUGUGUCCUGGAGGAGGGAGUAGAAUUUAACUCUAACCUGUCUACUAAAUGUUUGAGGAUAAUGAGAGGAUAAGAACUUCUAGUGAACAUCAUUGACUUAAGACUGAGGGAGAUUGAGACCAGUGAGUCCAUCUAUCGUCAUUCUAUCAUGCAGGAGGUGCGCAUAUCUAUGGUGCAUCCAAAUAAGGCGACUCUUGGAUGUCACUACUGCUAGGCUCCGGCUGGGUUAGCAGUAUCUCUAGCUGGGUUAGCAGUAUAUCUGGCUGGGUUAGCAGUAUCUCUGGCUGGGUUAGCAGUAUCUCUGGCUGGGUUACCAGUAUCUCCUGGCAGGUUAAAUCACCACCACCAGAUGUAGACCAAACGAAAUGUAAACUUUGCCAGAUGGACUAUUAUCACACCCUGCGUCAUUAUGUACUGGAGUGCGAUAAAAAUGAAUAAACUCAAAAACACCUGACUCGAAAAAUAUUGAAAUAUCACAACAUUUCAUUUAAUAAAAUAUAAAAAACCUAUCGCAUAAAGAGAGGUGUCUGAAUACUCGGGCUCUUAAUCCAAGGAAGUGAACCUAUUCUAUCCUUGGAUCAGGUGUAAUUACCUACCAACUCACAUGCGUUGUAUGACCCCAAAAGAUUUACUUUCCAGUAAUAAUACAGGUGGGCUUCACUUUACGAUGCUUCACUUUACGGCGUUUGCUUUACAAUGCUCUGCUUUACGGCGUUUGCUUUACAAUGCUUCACUUUACGGCGUUCGCUUUACAGCGUUCGCUAGUGCAGUGGUUUUCAAAGAUACAUAUUCUUUAUUUUUUUCAGAUUUCCUACAAUAUUCACCACUCACUAUAAGCUAAGGACGAAAAUAUUUUAAGUAAUAUGUGUACUGUAUAUGCAUUUUCUUUAGACGUAGCUCUAUUGCUCAGUUAAUAAAUGAUAGUGUAAACAUGUUAUCAGGUUUUUAUGUGCACUCGAAUAGUGAAAAAAAAAGAACUGUUUCACUUUAAAGCGAUUUUUAGCUUUACAGUGUCCCAGAACCUAACCUGCUGUAUAAGUGGGGCCCUCCUGUAAUAAUAAUAACUGUAGACAAAUACCGCUAAAUACCUCACAACGACUGUAACUUGCUUUUUGAUUAGGGCAACUUUGUACAGCCUCUGCGACCAUUAUGUUGGUGUAACCAUCAAUAAUCUUAAUUGUAAAGGUUGUAUGUAAUAUCCUGCAAUCAUUAUAUUCACUACUAGCUAUUCAUAACUCGUGUAAGCUGUUCGUUAUUACUGUGACAUGUUUGGUAAACUAUGAUGGGUUCCAGUUCUUGGAACCAUUGUGUGACUGUGAUUAUUUGACUACCACCCACACCAUGGGUGUGGGAUGACUACCACCCACACCAUGGGUAUGCAUAUCUACCACCCACACCAUGGGUGUGCAUAUCUACCACCCACACUGUGGGUGUGCAUAUCUACCACCCAUAGGUCAGUGAAUACCGGGCGUAUAACAAAGCUACCAUACUAAUGCAUAUUGUAUAUGUACCCAUAUUUAGUAUACACUAGCCCAUAUUGUGAUGUAUAAACCCAUUCUAUAAAAAAUACAAUAUCCCUUUGCUUCAACUACUGUAAUAUAUUAUCGAACUCAGAAUUGUGUGUGUAUACCUUUGUACGGGUGUUGCAUGGUAUAUAUACUGGGAGGGGGAUAUAAAUACCCAAUUGGUGUGUUGAGUACAUUAGUCGUGCCCUGGUGCCGUCUCCACCUAACUACAGUGGUAAACUAUCUUGAAUGUUAGAUAUAUCGCUAUUUAAGGAACGAUAGAACUUGUGCUCAUUCCAGAGUGCGAACUAUCUGAUGUUAUGUAGAAGGUUAGUGAACAUUGAAUACACUCACCUCACAGUGAGUUACGUUGAGUGGAAGAACAUUCUCAGUGUUAUUACGAUUUCUUGAGUGGUUUAUACACACUGCAAAACCAAAACAUUACACAUUAAGUCAGUAAAGUGUAAUGUUUAAUAUCCUAUCUCUUGAUACCGUGAGGUCUGGGUGAGCAGUGAUGCAAGGUUGUGUCUGCCCACCAUGGGCAACAUUGAUGUAAGGCUGUGUCUGCCCACCAUGAGUAACAUUGAUGCAAGGUUGUGUCUGCCCACCAUGGGUAACAUUGAUGUAAGGCUGUGUCUGCCCACCAUGGGUAACAUAGAUGCAAGGUUGUGUCUGCCCACCAUGGGCAACAUUGAUGUAAGGCUGUGUCUGCCCACCAUGGGCAACAUUGAUGUAAGGCUGUGUCUGCCCACCAUGGGUAACAUAGAUGCAAGGUUGUGUCUGCCCACCAUGGGCAACAUUGAUGUAAGGCUGUGUCUGCCCACCAUGGGUAACAUUGAUGCAAGGUUGUGUCUGCCCACCAUGGGCAACUUUGAUGCAAGGUUGUGUCUGCCCACCAUGGGCAACAUUGAUGCAAGGUUGUGUCUGCUCACCAUGGGCAACAUUGAUGUAAGGCUGUGUCUGCCCACCAUGGGUAACAUUGAUGCAAGGUUGUGUCUGCUCACCAUGGGCAACAUUGAUGUAAGGCUGUGUCUGCCCACCAUGGGUAACAUUGAUGCAAGGUUGUGUCUGCCCACCAUGGGCAACAUUGAUGUAAGGCUGUGUCUGCCCACCAUGGGUAACAUUGAUGCAAGGUUGUGUCUGCCCACCAUGGGCAACAUUGAUGCAAGGUUGUGUCUGCUCACCAUGGGCAACAUUGAUGUAAGGCUGUGUCUGCCCACCAUGGGUAACAUUGAUGCAAGGUUGUGUCUGCUCACCAUGGGCAACAUUGAUGUAAGGCUGUGUCUGCCCACCAUGGGCAACAUUGAUGCAAGGUUGUGUCUGCCCACCAUGGGCAACAUUGAUACAAGGUUGUGUCUGCUCACCAUGGGUAACAUUGAUGCAAGGUUGUGCCUGCUCACCAUGGGUAACAUUGAUGCAAGGUUGUGUCUGCUUACCAUGGGCAACAUUGAUGUAAGGCUGUGUCUGCUUACCAUGGGCAACAUUGAUGCAAGGUUGUGUCUGCUCACCAUGGGUAACAUUGAUGCAAGGUUGUGUCUGCUCACCAUGGGUAACAUUGAUGCAAGGUUGUGCCUGCUCACCAUGGGUAACAUUGAUGCAAGGUUGUGCCUGCUCACCAUGGGCAACAUUGAUGCAAGGUUGUGUCUGCUUACCAUGGGCAACAUUGAUGCAAGGUUGUGCCUGCUCACCAUGGGCAACAUUGAUGCAAGGUUGUGUCUGCUCACCAUGGGUAACAUUGAUGCAAGGUUGUGCCUGCUCACCAUGGGCAACAUUGAUGCAAGGUUGUGUCUUCUCACCAUGGGCAACAUUGAUGCAAGGUUGUGUCUGCUCACCAUGGGCAACAUUGAUGCAAGGUUGUGUCUGCUCACCAUGGGUAACAUUGAUGCAAGGUUGUGCCUGCUCACCAUGGGCAACAUUGAUGCAAGGUUGUGUCUUCUCACCAUGGGUAACAUUGAUGCAAGGUUGUGUCUUCUCACCAUGGGCAAUAUUGAUGCAAGGUUGUGCCUGCUCACCAUGGGCAACAUUGAGGCUGUAUGA